AGUCUUUCUAGCUGCAGGUCGAGGUUGGGCUUUCUCGGAUGCUAUGGACCAGGACUCUGCGGUGCUGUAAUUCUAUUUGGACACGCUCAACCAGACGCUUCUACUCUUCUUCUCCUUCUGCGCCAUCUCUGAGCGGCUCACCCAUGAUCUGGUCCACCGACGUGAUCUCUACCGUCUCUUCGGACACGGAACCUACUUUUCUGAUCACUUUCAACACGAAUAAAUAUGCUUUCAAUGCUGGUGAAUGUACAGGCAGAUCUUGGAGACAGGGUGGUCGACCUUGGCGAGGUGUAAACGCACUAUUCUUGACUUCUAUCGGAACUCAACGGGCUACUGGUGUACCAGAGCCACUCAAUGUUCAUCCGAGCCUGCUCAAUUUUUGAACUUCAGUUCACCCCGAGAUGUCAGUGACGAAUGCACAUCCAUUCCAUACGUUUUCUCAAACAAGUCGAGCUGAGCUGCAAAUAAUUGAGCCUUCUUCGUCUUCUUCUUUUUCUCUUGUAUAAUCAUUGUGUGCUGAAUGGUAUGAUAGGUUUGUUAAUGUUCUUAGCGGAUGCUAGUAUAGGGAACCUGCAUGUUGCUGGGCCUCGUGGGCUCUCUCACUAUCUUGCUACUCUGCGUACGUUCCUUUGGCGCGACUCCAUGUCUUUGAAUCCCAUCGAGGUUGACCCUCCUGUGGCCACAGCGCUCGUGCACGAACCUACUCCCAUAUUCAAAGAUGAAAAUAUAACAGUCUUCGGCAUCCAUCUCCCUCCUCAGUCACCUGCAGAUCCAGUCUCAGCUCUCGAAUCAAACACGUCGAAUAUGCCUGAGGAGCCAUCUACUUCGCGCAGUAAGAGGAAGCGCUCACCUUCACCAAAGUCAUCAUCAAAGCGACAACAAGUGGACGAGACAGCAUCAGACUCAGCGAACACUUCGAAUAGCUUUAUGUCAACUUCACUACAGGGGUCAUUCAACAAAUCGAACUUUUCGCCAUAUGCGCUGAUUGGAGAUGAUGCAAAGGAAUGGUUGCGACUUACCAUUGAGAACAUGUUCCCCAAAAUGCCGCCAACCCCCGAUGAGAAAAAGGGCCGAAAAGGAAAGAAAGCUAAAAAGGUCGAGGAAUCUGAAACUGUCCAACCCGGUUUCGGCGGUGCGAGACACAACAAGCUGGUCUGGCAUAAAGAACGUCAACUACCCAAGUUCGUACCUUCAAUAUCGAAUUCGAGUGAUCCUGCCAUGAGGGAGACCUUGUGUUAUGUUGUCGUUGGUCCUCGUUACCGUGGCAGGUUCGAUCCGGAAAAGGCCGAAGCAUUAGGUUUGGAAAAACAGAAUCGGGCUAAGGUUUGUAAAGGCGAGACUGUGACUUUCAAGGUCCCAGAUGAGAAGGGUAACAUGAUCGAGAGGACGGUGAGACCUGAGGAUGUCAUUGGCGCUUCUGAGCCACCACAGGUUAUCCUUAUUCUUGACGUACCAUCCCCAGCGCAUAUACCCGACCUGACGACUGCCUUUGAGACGAAUCCUCUCUAUUCCAGACUUCACUCGAAGAAGAUAGAAGAUAAGAACGAGUACUCUGUACAUGUCAUCUACCACAUGUGUGGACCGCGUGUGCUCGAGGAUCCACGUUAUAAAUCGUUCAUGAACGGUUUCGCUGAUUCUGUGCAUCAUGUGGUUGCUUCGAGAGAACAUGCGCCCGACCCUCUGACGUUCACCAGCGUUGGUGGCAUCCAGUUGAAGUUAAACAAGCUGGACUCCGACAUGUUCCCAAUACCAUACUACCGGCUCAAACCAGAGAAGGAGCUUUCUUCAGUAUCUGGCCUGCCACCCUCUGUGACGCUUAUGCAAGCAAACCUACAUACUGACUGUCGACCUGUGAAGCCACCGCAACUCUUAGACGUGACAGAUAACUUCCAUCCAUAUGCCACUGGAGAGAAAUCAAUACCUCUUUCGAAACCUGUUCUAGGUGCUUUCAGGAGGUCGAGGUCGAGGUCGAGGUCUCCUUCUCCCUCGCGUGCGGCAAACGAGCCAGGCCAGGAUGUGGUGGUAGUGCCGCUAGGGACGAGCAGCGCCGCUCCGAGCAAGUAUCGCAAUGUCUCGUCUACACUCAUCCAAAUACCCAAUUACGGUAACAUCCUGCUCGAUGCUGGCGAAGGAACAUGGGGGCAGCUUAUCCGGUUCUACGGUGAUGACCCUGACCAUAAGUCGGGAGUGUGGGAGUUCUUGCGAAACCUGAAAUGUAUCUUCGUGAGCCACGCUCACGGCGACCACCAUAUUGGCUUGAUAAAACUCCUUGCAAUGCGAAAGCAGCUCAGGGUUCCGCCUACAUCACCAUUGUGGGUCGUUAGCUUGCAUCCAAUUUUGCUUUACCUUCAGGAGUUCUCCGACCUCGAGGAUUUAGGGCUGAACAGUCCUGAUGGCAACGGCGUCAUUCCUGUACUCUCAGAUGCUUUAAGUUGGAGGCCAGCAAGAAAAUACCUAGGUGGAGUAGCAAGUGAAAAUCAGCCCUGGCUGGACCAAAACAAAUCGCGUGCAUUGGCUCGGGAUAUGUGCGAGUCCCUAGGAUUGAGUGACUUUGUCACUGUGGACGUGGACCACAAAGUUCGAUGCUAUGGGUCUGUGAUCAAGCACAAAGAUAACUGGAGCAUUGUAUUUUCUGCAGACACCAAGCCGACUAACAACCUAGUCCGGGCAGGAGAAGGGGCCACUCUUCUCAUCCAUGAAGCUACGAUGGGUGACGAUCAAGCGGACGCAGCCAAAGAGAAAGCCCAUAGUACAUUUGGACAAGCGAUCGAGAUUGGUCGAAAAAUGGAAGCAAAGAAUAUUUUGCUCACUCAUUUCUCCGCUCGUUACCCCAGGCUGCCGCCCGCUUCGAUGCAGGACAACACGACUUGGGCCGUCGCACUUGAUCACGCUAAAAUUCGCAUUGCUGAUAUUCCCAAGCUGCGCGCGUACAUUCCUGCCAUCAAACGCUGCUUCCAGGAGAUUGAGGACGAUGAAGACGAAGUCGAGACACAAAAUACUGCAACAUGGGGUGACUAGAUAUUCCACGUCACGUUCCAGGGCCUUCCGACAUACGUUGGAUCUGGAGAUACACUCACUCCUCGCAGUGCCGUAUUUAUCAACGUAUCGUAAUCAUUCAUAUCGUAGUACACAGGUGCCACCGUCCUUUCCUACAGAUGAUCCCACCUCUCACCCUACUCAUUGGAACCUAAUAGAGAUAGAGCUUAGGAUGCUUUGACCGUGAUCACACUGACACUGAACCCAGGUGCAGAGAAAUUUAGGGUUCUACCCGUCGCGAUGGUGCUGGUAGUUGGAACAACAGCAUUGGGUUGUGCAGGGGUGUUGCUAGCCGUCUGUACGCCAUGCAAUUGCUGUAGCAUUCCUGAGGAUGCCACCGUGUUGAAAGGUAAUUGGAAGGUAAGAUCGGAUACUGCACUGGCCGUAUUGGCAACCUAUAUCAACAGACAUGAGCAUUGCGAGCAAUGCCCUAAGCAAGACACUCGCCUUGAUGAUUACAUUUCCGGAAGAUCGAGAACGUGUUACGCUCCAGAACGUAGUCCCUGUUCGUGACGGAAGUGUGCUUGGGAGGUAAUCAUCGCCUUUAUUCAAGCUGAACAGCUAAUCGACCGUGAGCCAAAGUAGUUAUCUAGGGUAUUUUGUGCAUACCUUCUGCACAUAGAAACUCGUCGACCGAAUAACGGAACCAGCGCUGAAGGAGAGUUAUAGAUUGCUUAUCGAGAAAGCAAGCUUGAUGACAUACUCAAAACUGACGAGAUUAGGUGUCUGAAAAGAAAUAGCCUCAGUUCAGAUGCAACUCGUUCAGAUAAAGUUACUACUCACCCACUGAGAGCCAUUGACAUGCUAUGGGAAUGCAACCUAUCAACCUGCAGUACAGUUUGUAUGCAGUUAACAAACCUUACCUGCAGGAGCGGUGCAUAUGAAGCUGCGAACACGAUGUCACUAUUACGUUCUAGUCCUGUCAUGAACGCCGCUUCGCCCGCAGAGCCUGUUAUCAUAAAUAAGACUAUACGUUACAGCGAUAAAAAGACAUAUCAAACC